AAAUUCUUGCCAGCCGGAGACUUUGGUGGCAAUCAAUCGACAGCCUGGCAUGGUGGUGAGGCUCACAAAAUUCAUACACGGGUGGGGGUUUAAAUAUAACACCGUGCAAAGCGCUUUUGUGGCAUCAGUUGGUUCGUGAAGCUCGUACAACAUUGCGCGAUUGCAAGCCCGGAGGAAGUGCUGUGACAAUUAAUUCAGUGAGGACUCCAAGGAUUCCUCCCAGUGCUUAAAGGAUUAUUAAUUGUUUUUUCCGUAGUCAACUUUACAAUGAGGUGCAUUGCAUUAGCUGUGAUUUUUGUGAUUUGCCACAGUGUGGAGGGUGUAUCGAAGCUCCAGGAAGUUUUUAGCUGGAAAGAAUUGGAUUUUGUCUUCCCCAAUGAGCAACUGAAGCAGAGGGCUCUCGCUAGGGGUGACUACAUCCCCAGGAAUGGCCUACCCGUGGGCAUUGAGCAUUGGGGCAAUAAACUCUUCGUCUCAGUGCCACGAUGGAAGGACGGAAUUCCCGCCACAUUGACGUACAUUGAUCUCGACAAGACACCAUCAGGUUCCCCAGCCCUCAUCCCCUACCCCGAUUGGAAGUCCAAUGCACCUGAGGAUUGUCCCAAUGGUCUCAAUACUGUGUACCGUAUCAAGGCUGAUGUCUGCGGUAGGCUUUGGGUCCUGGAUACGGGAACUCUGGGAAUUGGUAACACCACGAGGAAUCCCUGCCCAUAUGCUCUCAAUGUCUUCGAUUUGGGCACAAACCGACGCAUCAGGCGCUACGUUCUCCGACCUGAGGACACCAAUAUGAACACCUUCAUUGCCAACAUUGCCAUUGAUAUUGGACCCACCUGCGAGGAUACCUAUGCCUAUAUGUCCGACGAAUUGGGCUAUGGUCUUGUUGUCUAUUCGUGGGAGAAGAAUAAGUCAUGGCGCUUUGAGCACAGCUACUUCUUCCCUGAUCCUCUCCGUGGGGACUUCAAUAUUGGUGGGCUGAACUUCCAGUGGGGUGAGGAAGGAAUCUUCGGAUUGGCUCUGUCCCCAUUCAAUCCUGACGGCUUCAGGACAUUGUUCUUCAGCCCUCUGGCUAGCCAUCGUGAGUUUGCGGUUUCCACGAAAAUCCUUCGGGAUGAAACUCGCGUUGAGGACUCCUAUCAUGAUUUCACCUUCCUGGAGGAACGUGCCCCACUUGGACACACCACGUCACGUGUGAUGAGCAAUGAUGGCCUUAUGUUGUUCAAUUUAAUCGAUCAGAAUGCCGUAGGAUGCUGGCAUGCUUCCCUGCCCUACACCCCUCGUUACCACGACGUCGUGGACCGCGAUGAUGAGGCUCUCAGUUUCCCUGCUGAUGUGAAAAUUGACUUUAACAAUGAUGUCUGGGUGAUUUCUGACCGCAUGCCAAACUUCCUGCUCGCCGAACUUGACUACAAAGACACCAACUUCCGCAUCUUCUACGCCCCACUGCAUCGACUCAUUGCUGGUACAAUCUGUGACGUUCAGGGGCGUCCAAUCCACGGACGAUUCAACCAUCUCGAUGAGAUUUCCAGCACCCACAUUAUCUCUCAGCCUGAACCUGUGAGGCUUCCACAGAGUACCUACUCCCCCAAAGCUUUCUUGUACAACGAGCACAAUGGCAUUAACGUGCAGUCCAGCCCUCCAGCUCAGUACCACCACUUCCAGAGCACUCCCUACGGGUACCAUGAGCAUGGAUCCCAUGGAUCUCACGGAUACAAACAAUCCCAUGGCAUUGGGCAACUGUGGACACGUCCAUACUGGUGAUCUUCCCACGGAGGUUCCUUAUAAUUUAUUCAACAAUGUUUUCUUUGUCCUUUAGAAAAUUUUUUCUUCGGAACCAACUCAGAAAAAAAUCCUCCGAAGAAUUUUUUGGGUCUUUUCGAACUGUUUUUUUUUAAGUAUAUUUUCAGCAUUUAAAUAUAGUAAAGAGAUUUUGUUUAAAUAUCGUGCAAAAAAUCGAGACAAAGAUGUUGAAAUAAAGAUUUUUUUCUACAAAAAAAAAA